CCGCAUAAAAGAGGUCAAACUCGUGAACCAUGAGUAAGGUGGAGAAUUAUACCUUGACCAAUAAAGAACUCUUCAUGCCUUUCUCCAACAAUGACAACUUUUUGGAUCAACAGCCACAUCUCCAAACAGAUCAAACUUUAACUCAUUCGGAGAAUUACCCAGAUCCUAUCCCACAGAUUCCUUCAUCAACCUCUGUCUACAGCACAAAAUAUGGUCAUUCUUCUCCUCCAUCUGCAACUGGUUGUGCUGAAAAGAAUAAGGAGUUGAUUGGAAACAAAAGGAAGAUAAACAAUGACAGACUUAAAGAGAAAGGAAAUGAAGUUAUCCAUGUAAGGGCAAAGAGAGGCCAAGCAACUGAUAGCCACAGUUUAGCAGAAAGGGUGAGAAGAGAAAAAAUCAAUGAAAAGAUGAGAUAUUUACAGGAGUUGGUUCCAGGGUGCUAUAAGUCAAUGGGAAUGGCUGUGAUGUUAGAUGUGAUAAUAGAUUAUGUUCAGUCACUACAGCAGCAAAUUGAGUUUCUAUCCAUGAAGCUUUCAGCAGCAAGUAUGUAUUUUGAUUUGAGCAGUACUGAGAUGGAUGCCACUGAAAUCAUGCAGAGGAGUGCUAGCACACAUGAAAUACAAGAGAUGGAUGGGAUAGGAGGAGAAGGUUAUGGUGGGAUCUGCUAUUUCAACCCAACGUGGCCACUUUAUUGACAACUCUUUAUUUCUGUUGCUCAUAAUCAUAUCUUUGAAACUUAUAAAAUGAAAAAUGAAACAGUGUAUAACAAAUAAGCAUUGUAGGAGUA